AUGGAUACGACUACCGAAGGCGACGCGAUGGUGCAUGAGCAGCAAGCGCCCGAAGCUCUCAACCUGCUUCAUGACCUCCCUCCCGAGCUGGUCGGAGCAAUCGCCACUUACACUGAUCUUGAUGACCUCUACACGCUCCGCCUGGUUAGCAAGGAGAUCGCGGCGCGCACUCAACAUGUUCUAUGCAUGCAUGCCUUCACCAGGAUAGACGUCAUGAUGUACGACCGCGCAAGCCUCGCCAAAGCCGUCAACUUCGCUGAGCAUCCGGUGCUCCGCAACGCCAUGCUCCACAAUGAGGACAACGGUGACUUCAGCCGCGACGCUAGGAUGGAGCGCAGAAGACGUAAGAAGCUAUACGGUUCUUGGCUUGCGGAGCAAGACAUUCUGAUUGCCUCUGGCUAUCACGAGGCGAGUCUCUUCAGGAUCUUACGCAGCCUGCGGGAGGCAGGUAGCAAAGCCGAGAUCAUCAUCUCCGACAUCAGCCAUCCGGAGACCGAUGUCAAGGAUAUUCCGGCACACGAUACGCAUCCGAGGGUUAAGGAACCUGGCGACACUCCAUUCCUCACAGCUGAGUGGUCUGACCACAGUAGAUUGAUCACUAUCAUUGAUGCGAUCAAGAACGCGGACUACCACGUGAAGACGCUGAGAGUCAGGGGCGUGUGGUAUGGGCUGCCGUUCUACCUGUUCUCGUCCGCUGAUGGCUUCCCGAAGAUCCGCCACAACUUGGAAGGGCUCGAGCGCCUGGAGCUGAAUUUGCAAUUCCAAGCGGACGAAGCUCACAGAGCUACGGAAAAGGAAGACAUCGACAACUUCCUGUCGUUUCUUGACGAGUUUGGCCCCAGACUGAAGCACGUCGACCUGAAAGACGUAUUUGGAAGAGACGUAUUUGGAAGUGAGGAUUGGGCCAUGGCAUUUCCUGAGCCCGGGGAAGGAACCUGGGAAAAGUGCUUCGCCCGCAUGCUGGACGAGACUUUCCUGCCGAUCACAUGGUUCGCCAAGCACAAGGCCACCUUGCAGCAGACGAAGCUUGGUAUACUGCAUAUUACUGGUGAAGAGGUGUACGAGGUGUCUCAGUACGGUAGUGAUGAGUGGGAUGCAAAGGUGCGGAGGGAUAUGACGGCGGCUGGUUUGCCUGCACCGAGAAGGUGCCACCAUAUCUACCCGUUCAGAUGA